AAGCAUACCUGACUUCCACACUAGUACGUUUUUUGCUUAGCCUUGUCCUUUCUAGGGACCUAGCUUGCGGGUUCCCUACCACUUGAGGCACAGGGCAGAAUCGUUGGCCUUUCUUCUAUACAAGCUGCAGUUGUGUAAAAUUUAACAGAAAUGUUGCUUGGAGGGCCGCAGCGCUGCGUGCAUCGCUGUUCACCCCGUUCGGGAACCGUGGGCCGAGUGCCGCUUUCACGCUGCCGCGUCGCCUCUGCCGUUGCCGCACCACCAAAAACGACAACGUUUGAUGGAUUCGUGGAUUACAUCUUAGAUCUCCAAAAAGACAUCCGCAAGACCGCGGAGGAUAUGGAGGACGAUCGCUCGAAGAGAUUUGUCGAGGACCGUUGGGAACGGGACGCCAGCAACCCCAAUGCCGGCUACGGCAUCACCUGCGUGCUGGAGGGCGGGCGGGUGCUGGAGAAGGGCGCCUGCAACAUCUCCGUCAUCCGCGGCACCCUGUCCGCCCAGCGCGCCGCCGCCAUGAGCUCGCGCGGCCGCAGCGCCAUCGACCCUGCGGGCGGGCAGCCCUACGCCGCCGCCGCCAUGUCGCUGGUGUUCCACUCCGCACACCCGCUGGUGCCCACACUGCGAGCGGACGUGCGCAUGUUCCAAGUCGGCGACGCCGCCUGGUACGGCGGCGGCUGCGACCUGACCCCCAGCUACCUGGACGAGCAGGACACCGCGGGCUUCCACGCCUUCUGGCGGCAGCUGUGCGACCAGCACAAGCCGGAGCUGUACGGCGAGCUCAAGCAGUGGUGCGACAGGUACUUCUACCUGCCCGCCCGCAAGGAGCACCGCGGGGUGGGCGGCAUCUUCUUCGACGACAUGAGCGCCCAGGAGGCGGGAUUCGACGUGGAGACGUUCGUGCGGCAGGUGGGUAGCGGCAUCCUGCCCAGCUGGGCUCCCAUCGUGGCUCGGCAGGGGGGCCAGCCCUUCACGGAGGAGCAGCGGCAGUGGCAGCUGCUGCGGAGGGGGAGGUACAUAGAGUUCAACCUGCUGUACGACCGCGGCAUCAAGUUCGGGCUGGACGGCGGGCGCAUGGAGAGCAUCAUGGUGUCCGCGCCGCCCCUGGUGGCCUGGCGCUACAACGUGACCCCGCAGCCGGGCAGCCCCGAGGAGCGGCUGCUGGCCGUGCUGAGGCAGCCCAGGGAGUGGGCGUGAGGCGGUAGGAGGCAAGUGGAGGGAGAGGAAAAACGAAAUUCCAAAGUGUGGUGGAGGGAGUGGAGGGAGAGCAGGGACAGGGGUGCAGCAAGGUUGCUAAGAAAGGGGGCUAUUGGGGGUUGGUGGCAUUGCGUGCUGCUGGUACCUGCCGGUACCGAUUGCUGUGGCUUUGCUGGCAACAUUGGGAGCUGACGGGGCGGAUGUUGCUGCGCUGGUGUUUUCCGUUGAUGGGCAUUCGUGUUGUCUUGUGUUGCUGCGUAUUUGGGUUCGGCGGUCGGAGGUUUAUAUGCUGUACGAUAAGAUUUGUAAGGCUGCAGGCACAGCGCAGGGGGCACGGGGGCUGCGUGCCGGUGCCUGAGGGUCUGGCGAUGGCUUAGCCGGGGUAGUGGAAGGACUACCCCGCUUAAUAGGUUUGGCGGGAUGUUGCUCGGAGCUCGAAACGGUUAUGUGAUGUAUGUGUGGCGUAUCUUGAAGGUUCGUACUGGUGGGUGAUGUCUGUGG